GCCUGGAUACGGUCGCACUAUUAGUCAGAAACACUACAUUUUUUUGACUAAUUGGUCAAAAAACGGUACAAAAGAUAGCAUAAUUGCUGAAAUUUCACCUGACGCAGCUAAUUUCGAGCAGCAGUAGAGCAGAGCCAGCUCCAGGGCGGCCAGAACCCAGUAGAGAACCCCGCAAACAUCGCCGCAAAGUGGACAACUCCCAGUUUUCCGAACACCUGCCCCUCAGAAAGGAGCAUCGCGACAAAAAGGCGAGACAUCUACGUCGCAGCAGAAUGUCUUCGCUGUCCGCAUCGGCGGAGAAUGUGUCCAGCCUGGGACUGGGAACAGGAGGGGGGGCGGCCAACUCCCACGACGGCAACUCCCAGCAGGGAUCCGGAUCCGACGGCGGGUCCAGCAUGUGCCUGGAACUGGCCCUCGAGGGCGAACGCCUCUGCAAGGCGGGCGACUGUCGUGCGGGCGUGGCCUUCUUCCAGGCGGCCAUCCAAGCCGGCACCGAGGAUCUCCGCACCCUGUCCGCCAUCUACUCGCAGCUGGGCAACGCCUACUUCUACCUGGGCGACUACAACAAGGCGAUGCAGUACCACAAACACGAUCUCACCCUGGCCAAGAGCAUGAACGACCGCCUGGGCGAGGCCAAGUCCUCCGGCAAUCUGGGAAAUACCCUAAAAGUAAUGGGUCGCUUUGACGAGGCGGCCAUCUGCUGUGAGAGGCAUCUUACCCUGGCCAGGCAGCUGGGAGAUCGUCUGUCCGAAGGACGUGCCCUCUACAAUCUGGGGAAUGUCUACCACGCCAAGGGCAAGCACUUGGGCCAGAAGAAUCCCGGGAAAUUUGGAGACGAUGUAAAAGAGGCUCUCACCCGUGCCGUGGAGUUCUACCAGGAGAACCUGAAGCUGAUGCGGGAUUUGGGUGACCGUGGCGCCCAGGGACGAGCCUGUGGCAAUUUGGGAAACACCUACUAUCUUCUGGGUGACUUCCAGGCGGCCAUCGAACAUCACCAGGAGCGUCUGCGCAUCGCCAGGGAGUUUGGCGAUCGUGCGGCCGAGCGCCGGGCCAACAGCAAUCUUGGAAACUCGCACAUCUUUCUGGGACAAUUCGAGGAUGCCGCCGCUCACUACAAGCGCACUCUGACCCUGGCCGUGGAGCUGGGUGAGCGCGAGGUGGAGGCCCAGAGUUGCUAUAGCCUGGGCAACACCUACACGUUGCUGCACGAGUUCAACACUGCCAUUGAGUACCACAAUCGGCACUUGGCCAUUGCCCAGGAGCUGGGCGAUCGGAUUGGCGAGGCCAGGGCCUGCUGGUCACUAGGCAACGCCCACUCCGCCAUCGGUGGUCAUGAGCGGGCCCUUAAGUAUGCAGAGCAGCAUCUCCAGCUGGCCAAGGAGCUGCACGACCCGGUGGGCGAAAGCACAGCCAGGGUAAACAUCUCCGAUCUGCGAAAGCUGCUGGGAAUGCCCGAGACGGAGCCAUCGCCCACCGAGGAGGAGGCCAGAUCCACCGCCUCCGAUCACUCGGCCAGCGGAAAUCAGUCGGAUGGAUCGGAGAACUCGCAGGGAAGAAUGGUGCGUGUUCGUCGUCAGAGUAUGGAGCAGCUGGACCUGAUCAAGAUCACCCCCGAUGGAAAGCGCAUGCAGGAGGAGAAGCGCCGGGCACAGGCGACCGGAAAGGCCAAGGACGACGACUUCUUUGAGAUGCUCUCGCGUUCGCAGUCGAAGCGCAUGGAUGACCAGCGCUGUUCGAUCAAGAUGAAUGCCGCUGGAGCUCCGGUGGUGGCCACGGGCGCCACACGCAAGCCGCUGGUACAGCAGAACUCGCUGUUUGUGGAUCCCACCAACCUGCCUGGCCUGAAGUCCCCUUCGUCGGCGAAUCCGGUUUCUAUUGUACAUGGGCCGCUGGCCAGGAGUGCCACCACUACUCAGCAGCCCGAUGACGACUUCCUGGACAUGCUGAUGCGCUGUCAGGGCUCGCGGCUGGAGGAACAGCGUUCCGAGCUGCCGCGCCCUAAUGUCACAAUGGAUGUAGAGGCGGAGGCGCCACCGCGUUCCGUGCCAGAGGCAGCCGUUGCAGGAGCACCACGUGGACAGACUGGUCGAGGAGCCACCGUUCCCGACGAGGACUUCUUUUCGCUGAUCAUGAAGGUUCAGAGCGGCCGCAUGGAGGAUCAGCGCGCCUCGAUUCCCUUCCGAAAUGCCAACAAUAACAACAAUAGCCGGAGCAACAACAAUGGUUCGGCCGGCGGAGCUGGAAAGUAGAAAGAAUAGUCCAGAGAAAGAAAAGAAUCCAACCAAAACAAUCCUAUUAAUCCAUCCCUGGCCGCAGCUCCUGAUCCAUUUUGUUAUACGUACAUCUUGCGGCCACUUAUUUAGACGUUUCUUUUUUGGCAAUUGGCUGCUAAACCUUUUGUUCUUUUACAAGAUUUAUAUAUAUAUAUACACUCACACAUACGAGAA